AUGCUUGAGGAGAUUGAAUUUUUGGUGAAUAUUGGUUGUGGUGCAGGACUAAUUAUUCGUGGUCUUCAAAAACUCUUUCCCAAUGCAAUAAUUCAUCCAGAAAAUAUUUAUAAUGUAAUUUGUUCUUCACGACAUGCUAGUAUGAUUGCAGCCAUUCAUGAAAUUCUUCCUCCAACAAAACAUAACUACCUUCAUAUAAAGCCAUGUUCCAAAUUGGUUUCAUUCUUAUUUGAUGGCACAGAAACAACAUGUGAUCCUCAAGAAGAAUCUGCAAUAACUGUUUGCAGCAAGAAAGUUGAUGGAAAAUUUUUGAAUAAAAUUCGUAGCACACAAGUUUUUUCAGAGACAGUUAAACUAAAGUUGUCUCGCCAAGUAAAAUACAAUCAAGGUUAUGGAUAUGCGAAAAGAGCAAUUGGGUUAGCUCUUAAAAUUGGUUGUGAAGAUAAACUGAUUCAGCUUUUACAAAAUUGGAUUAAAGAGAAGGAAAGGGAGAAAUGA